UCUUGUGGCGGUGUUAGCCAGCUUCUUGCUGCUUCUACUUUCAGCCUCUGGCAUUUGAAGCCUGCGAGCCAGGCAGGACCUCGGGCCUGGCGUCCCAGUUCUGCAUGUGCCGGAGGCGUGGAGCCGACUUCCGUGAACCACAGUUCAAAAUGAGAGAAUUAUGCACUAAGUAAAACAGAACAAGUUAGUGAAAAGCUGCAUCAAGUUAGGAAGAUAGUUACAAAGAAAAAUCAUUGGAGGGCUAGAGAAAAGCAGAUGCAAAGGCCUCUAUCUUUGGUAUUUUUGGGUAACAUCAAGUCGUCUAGAGUGUGGAGAAAAUUAUGGAAAAGGACAGAGGACUGAUUGCAUGGACUGGAAAUUGAAAGGGAGCACACAGAGAACAGAGUCACCAAUGCUGCAGGGACAGGAAGGUGGCGCAGAGGACACAGAAGCAGAUGAACUGUCUGAAAGCUUCCAGCUUCUGCAGAUCGAUGUGGCGUGUGAGUGCCAGGAGAGGGAGACCCUGCCCACAGGUGGUACACCAUGGAGCUCGAAAAAUGUCCAGAGAAAACAGAGACACUGGGAGAAGAUAAUUGCAGCAAGGAAGAGCAAAAGAAAGCAAGAAAAAGAAAGAAAAAAAGCCAAUCGUGCAGAAAAUCCAGGUGUCUGCACCCAGCAUAGCAAACGUUUUCUGAAAGCCUUAACCAAAGAGAAACUUCUGGAGGCCAGACACUCAGGACCGAGGCUGUGUAUCGAUUUGAGUAUGACCGACCACAUGUCAAAGAAGGAAAUGAGCAGGCUGGCUGGGCAGAUCCGGAGGUUGUAUGGCUCAAACAAAAGGGCUGACAGACCCUUUUGGAUCUGCCUCACUGGAUUCACAGCUGCCAGUCCCCUCUAUGAAGAGUGUUUGAGGAUGAACGAUGGGUUUUCUAGUUACCAGCUGGACAUAACAGAAGAAGACUGCUUUAGCUUAUUUCCUCUGGAAAGCCUCGUGUAUCUCACUCCUGACUCAGAACACGCCCUUGAAGAUGUUGAUCUAAAUAAAGUGUAUGUCCUCGGUGGACUCGUGGAUGAAAGCAUUCAGAAGAAAGUGACAUUUCAAAAGGCCCAGGAACACUCUGUCAAGACAGCCCGUUUGCCAAUCCAGGAGUACAUGGUCAGGCGCCCAAAUGGGAAAAACUAUCAUUCAGAGAUACUGGCCAUCAAUCAAGUGUUUGAUAUCCUGUCAACUUACUUUGAUACUCACAACUGGCCCAAAGCAUUGAAGAAAGGAGUUUCUCCAGGAAAAGGCUAUGUUCUCCAGAGUCCAGAUGAAUGACAACAGCCUGAGAUGUCACCAAAGAACAGGGGAAAACGUGGCAGUGGCAUAUAACUUGCCUCUACUUGACCUCUUUGGCCCUUUAUAGUAUAAGCCACCAGUGGGAAGGACAUUUAUGCUUUUGUAUUGUCUGGUCACACAGGUGCCCUGACUAAAGUUUACCUAACAAGGAAUUAGCCCUAAAACUACAUGGCUUUGGAUAUGCUAAUUCAUCUUUUGUUAAGUACUUGUAUUUAAUUAAAUAUUAUGCUAAGAGCUUGAUUUUCACUAAA